AUGAGCUCCGUCGAUAAAUCCAACCCCUACAUCCCACUAGCUGGCGUGGCUGUUGAUGGAUGGAGUAAGGAAGAUGAGGCUACGGCCACAUGCUUCUGCGGUGCUGUUCAAAUAGUAUUCCCAACUCAAGGGCCGGGUUUAGUCGAAACCUUCGUCUGCAACUGUACAGACUGCCGGAAGCUCACUGCAUCCAUGUUCGCAUCUAAUUUCACCAUUGCUGAUACGCACCUGAAGCAUGCACGUGGCGAGGAUAAUCUCACACGAUAUGGUCAGUCGAAGACUAUUGCCUCCGGCAACACGAUGACUAAUUAUUUCUGCUCAACCUGCGGCACGCUUAUGUAUCGUCGCGGCUCGGCUUUCCCAGGGCUGAGCAUCUGCCGUAUUGGUACUGUGGAUGAUUUCAACCUUCAUGAGACGAAGUUGAGACCCAGAGUGGAGCAAUUUACGAAGGAUCGUGUUGGAUGGUUUCAUGGUGUGAAAGGGAUUAGGCAGGUUGAAGGCAGUGCUUAUACUUAA